AUGGUUGGGGACUCGGGUAAUGCUGCCCUCCACUACCCACCUGCACUUCCCGACAACGUGCCAGAGCACGUCUUCAACCUCCUCUGUUCGCUACUAACACCUUCCGAGCUCGCCCUCCACUACGACGUCGUCCAGGACUCGGCACCUCCGCAUCUGCCACCCUUCCCUGCACUUGUGCCGCCCAGUAAUGCCGCGUCAGAUAUUCCAAUAGUAGUGCGUCUUGUGCAGAGGUUACAUGCUGCUGUCUACGGUCUGCAAGAUCGCGUCUGGGGCCUAGAAGAAGAUCUCAUUCCGCAGCUCAGCACGCAGCUCGAAGAGAAUCACCUGCAGAUCAGAGAACUCGAUCGAGAAAACAGCAGUUUACAAGACGAGAUCACAGAGCUAAAGCGCAUCGCAGAUUUCAGCACCAAAGUUCUGACUGGAUGCUGGGAGCGCGAAUGGGAGGUUUGGCGCACACUCCUCGAUAUCCAGAGAAGGCGCGAAAUGUACCGUAGUCCUUUGGCAUGCAUCUUCUCGCGCACUCCCACUCCCAGUGUUCAAGACGACGGGCUUUUAGAAUUCUGUAAGCCAGAAGGCUAUGUCGCCCCGCCUCUGCCAACUGGAAAAGUAACACAGGGCCUUCUUAAGAAGAAGGAACUCGAUGCUCUUCUGCUGAUGGCAAAACAGAAUGUCACCAUACUCAUUGAGGAUCUGGGAGAGUUGAAGGGGUUGGCGGAGGCGUAUGAUAAGAGAAAUGCGGCAGAGGAGGGGGUGCGGCCUGUUGAAGGGUCGCGGAGGGAUGUCUGA